ACCGUCACCGCCCCUCCGGAUCGCUCGCGCGCACCGGUGAGGACUGCUUGCGCCCUCGGGAGGCGACCCUGGCCGACGCCCGUCCCCGGGGCAGAAGUGAGGAGCCUCCGCUACUGCUGGUGUCUUGGUGCUGUGGAAGGGACUGGAUGAUGUAACCAGCUCUGGGGAAAGAUGCACAUGAAAGUCCUUUGCUGAGCAAGACCUCCCAGACCCUGUGUCAUUUCAGAGCCACUUGAGAAAAAAAAAUAAUGUGACGGUUCUUAUCAAUAGGGCUUUUUUUGAAAGUGUGGGAUACUCGUGCAGAAGGUCGUCUUUCCCCUGUCUGUGAAAUACACAUUCUUAUAUUUCCACAAUGCCAGCCAAGACCCCAAUUUACCUGAAAGCAGCCAACAACAAGAAGGGAAAGAAAUAUAAACUGAGGGACAUUCUGUCCCCUGAUAUGAUCAGUCCUCCCUUGGGGGACUUUCGUCACACCAUUCACAUCGGCAAAGAGGGCCAGCAUGAUGUCUUUGGAGAUAUUUCCUUCCUUCAAGGGAACUAUGAGCUCUUGCCUGGAAACCAAGAAAAAGCACACUCGGGCCAGUUCCCUGGACAUAAUGACUUCUUCCGGGCCAACAGCACCUCGGACUCAAUGUUCAUAGAAACACCCUCCCCUGUGCUCAAAAAUGCCAUCUCCCUCCCUACCAUUGGAGGAUCCCAGGCUCUCAUGCUGCCCUUAUUGUCACCAGUAACAUUCAAUUCCAAGCAGGAGUCCUUGGGGCGUCCUAAGUUGCCAAGGCUCAGCUGUGAGCCUGUCAUGGAAGAGAAAGUUCAGGAGAAAAGUAGUCUGUUGGAGAACGGGACGGUCCACCAGGGAGAUACCUCGUGGGGCUCCAGUGGUUCUGCUUCUCAGUCCAGCCAGGGCAGGGACAGCCACUCCUCCAGCCUGUCUGAACAGUACUCCGACUGGCCUGCGGAGGACAUGUUUGAGCACCCUGCCUCCUGUGAGCUCAUGAAGUCGAAGACUAAAUCAGAGGACUCCCUCUCUGACCUGACAGGCUCCCUGCUCUCAUUGCAGCUGGAUCUUGGGCCCUCACUUUUGGAUGAGGUCCUGAACGUCAUGGAUAAAAAUAAGUAACCUGGAGUCAGCUCUUUUCCUUUGGAGUAAGAGGUACCAAAAUAAGCAGAAAACAAAAACUCAACAAACCACAACUGAUGGAAAGAACUGCCCUGGCUGGAUGAUUUUUUGCAGCAGUGUGAUGCAUUUUCUAAAAUAACGUUCCUGUUCCUACAAAAUAUUUUUUUAACCGCCGUGCCCUGUUUGCAAAAACAAUGUUGAAAACAAUAAUUUUAAAAAUUAAAAAAAAAAAAAAACCUGUCCUGGCAAAAAGAAAAAGAGAGAGGGAGUGAGUCAGAGCUCAUUUUCAGCAGGCAUUGCUGAUGUUCGGCUCAAUUUUGUUUGUUUGUUUGCCGCCAGGCAGAAAUCCAGGCUGUCUGAAGAGGGCUGGGUCAAUGGGUCUUUCCAAGGCGCUUUACAGCAUGUUGUGAAAAGAAAUCAAAACUUGCUUAACACCUAAGCCUUUUCUUUUCCUAGACUCUUUUGUAUAUUGUAUCCCUUGGGCUCACCAUAGCAACUUCUCCAGUGUUAUGAUUUUACUGUCUUCAUAUUUGAACAACCUUAUGGGACCGGGGUUUUCUUCUUGUGGUUCUUAUAUAUCCCUGUAUAUUAUUUCCAUGUUACAGAAGUUUGACUGUCAGCUACAUGUUGGUAAAAACAAGCAAGGUAUUACUGUAACUAAGUUAUUUUUAAAGUUGAAAUAUAUUUUUAUGUGCCUUUGGCUUUUUA